ACUUGGGAGGCUGAAGCAGGAGAAUCGCUUGAGCCUGGAAGGCGGAGGUUGCAGUGAGCCGAGAUCACACCACUGCACUCCAGCCUGGACAACAAAGAGCAAAACUCGGUCUCAAAAAAAAAAAAAAAAAAAAGAGUUGUCUGACUAUAGAGCUAACAAGAAUUUGUCGCUUAAGAUGAGUAUGUAUACAUGAGAGCAGAGUACGAGUCUGAGGCGGAGGGAGUCAUGGCAGGCCAAGCGUUUAGAAAGUUUCUUCCACUCUUUGACCAAGUAUUGGUUGAAAGGAGUGCUGCUGAAACUGUAACCAAAGGAGGCAUUAUGCUUCCAGAAAAAUCUCAAGGAAAAGUAUUGCAAGCAAGAGUAGUCGCUAUUGGAUCGGGGUCUAAAGGAAAGGGUGGAGAGAUUCAACCAGUUAGUGUGGAAGUUGGAGAUAAAUUUCUUCUCCCAGAAUGUGGAAGCACCGAAGUAAUUCUAGAUGACGAAGAUUAUUUCCUAUUUAGAGAUGGUGACAUUCUUGGAAAGUACAUAAGCUGAAACGUCACUAUUGAAAUGG